CCUCCCCCCCGUUUGCUGGUGUUACACAGGUGUGCCAUUUGCUUCCUGGGAGUAUUUUUAGUCACGAAGAACAAGAGGAGGACAAAAGCGUUUGAGCCAUACGUAACCAUGGACAUGAUGCAAGGAAUCCCCACAAUCCACGACAAUGGCCGGGCCGUGCAACCUGACUACAAUGGCUCUUUCUCGUACGGUGCUCUGGUGAACAGCGAGAGCGCCAUCCCUGCCGCCUUGCCCGUGGUGCCGGAGCAGCUGGCCACUGGCCCUGCUGCUGCCACCUACAGGUCGGAUGACCUCAAGCAGGACUGAGAGGGCCCCUGCCCUGAUUCUGGGACUGCGCCCGGUGCGGGUGGGAGGGUGACCUGGACACGACACCCUGCCCUGGAUGAAGCUGUAAAUAUUUAUGGGCUGAUCCUAAACAGCGCUCGCCCCCCAUACUGAGAACCACCCCCAGGGCAUCCGGGCCUGGACGGAUGGGUCGAGAAGAGGAGACAGACUUGGGGUGGGACCGGCCCAGUCGUGACGGAGAACAAGCCUUAGCGUUUGUUUGACCUGUCUGGACCAUAAAUGUGCUUUCUGCUGCCUUACGGUCCUGACCUCUGACCUCUUUCUGAGGGUGCACUGGGAUCAGCGUGACCUCUGACCUCUGCCUGUCUCAUGCUCUACCUGUGUGCACUGUGCUGUCAGGACGGGGUGAGGAUGAGUGUUGCUUACACUGCCCUCUUGUGGUCAUGCAUGUUUCAUUCACCAGUACCGAAUGACUUUCAUUGCUGUGAUGAAUGUGUGGGGUGUCUACAGAAAGCUGCUUCCAUAAUCUCGAGUUACCCUGCAGUAUAUUAGGUGGUAAUCAAAUAAAUCAAGCAAGAUUAUGUGAA